AUGUCGGCGAAACACUUCAUCAAUGAUCCCACGCUCCUGGUGAACUCGGCCCUGGAGUCCAUCACUUACACGAACCCAUCCGUGGCCCUGGACUCCGAAAACAAGAUCAUCUACCGGCGGCCCCAGCAUGGUGUCCCACCACAGGUGUCGAUCAUCAGCGGUGGUGGCAGCGGGCAUGAGCCCAGCUUUAGCGCCAUGGUCGGGAAUGGCUUGCUGUCGGCCGCCGUGGCCGGGACCAUCUUUGCCUCGCCCAGCGCCGAGCAGGUCCGCAAGGCCAUCAUGUCGAGGGUCGACACAGACAAGGGCGUCCUCGUAACUGUCAUGAAUUACACCGGAGACAUCCUCAACUUCGGGAUGGCCGUCGAGAAGGCCAAGGCGGCGGGCAUGAACGUCGAGAUGGUCGUCGUGGGGGAUGACGUCGGCGUGGGCCGCGAGAAGGGCGGCAAGGUCGGCCGGCGAGGCAUCGCUGGAACGGUCCUGGUGCACAAGAUAUCCGGGGCGCUGGCGGCCCAGGGGGCGAGUCUGGAGCAGGUCUACAAGGUCGCCAAGCUGACGGCCGACAACCUGGUGAGCGUCGGCGCCAGCCUGGAGCACGUCCAUGUCCCUGGCAGAGCACUACCAGACCCCAACUCCAAGGAGAGCCUAGGGGCCAAGGAGGUCGAGGUGGGCAUGGGCAUUCAUAACGAACCAGGCUCGGGUAGGGCAGAAGUUGAGUUACCCGAACUUGUCAGCAAGAUGCUUUCGCAGCUGCUCGACCAGAACGACUCGGAUCGAGCUUUUCUCAAUGUCAACUCUAAUGAGGUGGUGCUGCUGGUCAACAAUUUGGGAGGCGUCAGCGUCCUCGAGCUGGGUGGCAUCACGGCAGAGGUUGUCAAGCAACUAAGCAGAUGGGGCAUUCACCCCGUACGAAUUCUAAGUGGAACAUACAUGACAAGUCUGAACGGGCUCGGCUUCAGCAUUUCACUCCUAAAUGUUGUGAACACCAACAUCGGCGGCCCCAGCAUGAUUCAGUUGCUGGACGCCCCUUGUGAGGCGGCCGGUUGGACGGCCCCAAUCCUGAAAGAGACCUGGGAGGCCAAGAACAAGGCGACGAGGGAGGACAACGCAGCAUCUGGCCCAGAAGCAAAGCCAAGCGGGCUCAAGUACGACGCGGCAGAGGCUCAAGAAGCUCUGAUCGCUGGCCUGGAGGCCGUAGUAACUGCCGAACCCGAGGUGACCAGGUACGAUACCGUCGUAGGAGACGGCGAUUGUGGCAUCGGUCUGAAGAGAGGUGCUGAAGGCAUCCUGCAACACCUUGCGGCGAACCCUUUGUCAGGUGAUGCCGUUGUUGAUCUCGCCAAGAUCGUGUCGGUAGUCGAGACGACCAUGGACGGGACUUCCGGGGCGCUCUACGCCAUCUUCCUCAACUCGCUGGUGCACUCGCUCAAGGGGUUGGCGGCCGGCGAGGUCACCGCCCAGACCUGGGCGGGUGCGCUGAAGCAGAGCUGCGAGGCUCUGUCCAGAUACACGCCCGCGAGGCCGGGCGACCGGACCGUGGUGGACGCGCUGUACCCAUUCGUAGACACGCUCGAGAAGGCGGGAAACCUGAAGGAGGCGGCCGAGGCGUCGAAGAAGGCGGCCGAGGGGACCAAGGGCAUGAAAGCGAGCCUGGGCCGCACGGUCUACAUCGGCGGGUCUGGGUAUGAGGAGGUGCCCGAUCCGGGGGCCUGGGGUCUUGCCUGCUUCUUCCUUGGGCUUGCUGACAGUUGGGAGGCUAUCUGA